AUGGGUUGUGGAGCUCCACAAAAAGCGUUCAGAAUUAAUAAAAGCCUCGAAGAGGAAGGAGACACGUCUCUUCUUCACUAUUCAAACAUCAAUUUAAAUCAAUAUAAGAAGAAAAUGAUAACAGAUUUUACACAAUCAGACCUAACGUACAAAAUACAUGGAACACCUUAUAGGAUAGUUGUUGCAAUGGUUAAAACACCUGAUCGAUCUCAAGUAUUUCACUAA